GCGUUACAAAGGGUUAUACUUCGACGAGCCAUGGAUCUACCGGAGAAAAACUCAUCCUAUAAGCAGCAGGAAUACUGGGAUAGACGCUUUUCGAAAGAGGACAACUUUGAAUGGUGCAAAAGCUACAAAGAUUUCGAACAUUUAAUCAACGAACAUGUGAACCGUAGUGAUCGAAUACUCAUUUUAGGCUGCGGAAAUAGCUCUUUAAGCGAAGACAUGUACCGUGACGGAUAUAGAAAUAUCGUUAAUAUCGACUUUUCAGCUGUAGUAAUUGAGAAUAUGAAACGGAAAUGCAAAGAUUUAACCGAGAUGCAGUGGAUGGUGAUGGACAUGACAAACAUGACGUUCCCAGAAGGUUCGUUUGAAGUCAUUAUUGAGAAGGCAACUUUGGAUGCAUUAAUGGUGGAAGAAAGAGAUCCUUGGAACCCUACAGGAGAUAUACGAAAUAGUAUGGAUUGUGUUCUAUCGCAGGUGUCUAAAAUUUUAAAAGAUGGAGGACGCUUUAUUUCUGUGACAUUUUCACAGCCUCAUUUUAGAAAACCUUUUCUUGCAAAGUUACAAUAUAAUUGGUCAAUAUCUCAACAGACAUUUGGUGAAUCCUUCCAUUUCUUUUUCUAUGUGAUGGAAAAAGGAAGACCAAUGAGUGAUGAGGACAAAGAGUUGGAAAUUUAUGUGGAAAAUAAAACAAAACAUGACAAGGAUAACAAGGGUGAAAAUGAACCAUGUUGCAGAGUUGCUGAAGACACUGAGGAUUUUUUAUUUUAUGUAGCUUUGUAACUAUACUCUGAGCAGGUGCUCAAAUUAUUCCUGGAACCAGUUGCAAAUGAGUUAGACCAGAAGGCCUGAUCAAGCUAGAGGUCACAUAUUGUAGAGCUGGAGGAAACUCUUUCCCAGGUCCCUACUCUCUUGCUCAUGUUACUUUGAAAAUCAUCGAUUGCUUGAUUGAGGGAUGCUUAACCCUGUAACUCCCAGAUGUGAUCAACAUGUAACUUCUCCCUAUAAUAUCCAUACAUUAACCAGCAAACAGGUAAUAAGAAUACCAAAGUUAUCAAGUGGAAGUUGUUAUCUUCAUCUUACACCAAAUUCUUGUCACUAAUUUACAAGGAAAUGUGUAGCAGCUAGAGGGGAGAAUUAACAAUCAGAUCUUAGGAGUUAAAGGGUUUAGACAAGUUUGACUGUAGGUUGGAUUGACCAUGUGAAUAGGUUAUUUUUCCUACAACCAGAUAAAGAGUGGUUUGUAAGUUAUAAAGGAAAUAUAUGCCAAGGAAUUUCAGUGCUUGGGGGCUUGUAAAGAAAAUGUCAUUUUCAUCUGAGUUGGCAAAUCAAAAUUACAGAGCUUAUGAAUGAAAGGUAAUUGUGGGGUAAUUGCAAUUAUGAUUCAUUACAUUGAAAACAGCACUAAAGUGCAACAUUUGGGAGUAAAUAUUUUAUUUACCAA